GGAGCAGGCGACGGGGAAGGAUGUCGAUGCGCCGUCGGUGGUCGGUUUCGGGGGUUGACUCGCGCCGCGGGGGCGAUGAGCGCAUUUCCCUCCGCCCUGAGACUGACCUGCUGCUGCUGCUGUUGGCUCCUGCUGACCUGCCUUGUUUUCUUGAUACCUGCCUGCACCUGCGACACGCGGCAGGUACGCCGAACCCGAGAACGGCCAGGAGGUGAUGACGCGGUGCACGGGUCCAGCUCCCUCGACAACGACGUCGACGUUUACGACGACGGUCAGAUUCCCACCAAUGGCGACGACGAGGACUAUCUCGAGACAAAUAUUACCGCGGAGAAGGGGCGGUACCUGGGCUCGCCUUGCGAUUUCAUGUGCAAUCCCGAGUUACAGCACGUGUUCUGUGAUGAAAUCACUGGCUUUUGCGAGUGCGAAAAGUUCUACCCCGUUCGUCUCGGGCCUACCAAGGGAUGUGCCAAACCCAAAAGACUCGGAGAACAGUGCUUCUAUCGUGCGACGUGCACUUUCGCGGAUCAACAUUCGACGUGCACCCAAGUUCAGCAUAAUGCAGUGUGCGAUUGCGAAGAUGGAUAUCACAGAGUUGCUCUCUCUAGGCCUAACAAGAAGGUUUUCUGCGCGGAAGAUCUGGUGCUGAUAACUACGGACCUCCCAACCCUACUCUGCAUAGCAUCGGGGAUAGCCAUCUUCACGGCGAUGAUAUGCUUCGUGCUCAAACUAUUUAGCCGGGCGAGGUAUUCAAGGCCGCGGCAUUACGCCAAUGCCAACCAUGCGCCAUCCAUGCUGUUUUCCAGCGAUACGGGCAUUCCACUGACGCUGCACGGGCGACCGUCCUCGCGAUCCAGCCAACGGAGUAGCAGUGCUGGGCCCCUCAGCUGUGCAUUUACCAGGAGGCCCAGCAGUGGCGGUAGUCGUGGACCCCUGGUACCAGCGUCCCGAGCAGGUGCGGCACGAGCCGCAGCCAUCUUGCUUAUAUCGUGUCACCUGCAGGCAACCAAAGGCGGAAACAAGCACCGACGUACCCUUAGUGACGUAGCCGAGGGAUCGUCCGACGGCCUCGGUUCUCGCCGUCCUAGCUUAGCGUCGGUUCACAGUUCAACGUCCUCAUCCCGUAGCUACAGCGCGCGUCGACUCGAGAAAGAGAGGAACGAGAAGGAGCAGCGCCAGGCGGUUCAGGAGCUUCGACUGGCGAAACAGCGAGAACAGCAACAACAGCAACAGGUGGUACCGACACCUAGCCCUAGGACUCCUCAUUCUACGGACGAGUUGCUGCCUUCGGUCGAAGAAGGAAAGGAAGUUUUUUACAACGAGCAGGUACCGACGACGUCAGACGUAUCAGAAACCGCUCCAAUAACGACGACGAUGACGACGAUGACAAUGACGACGACGAUUACGACGGCGAUAACUACUUCUAACGCGAUUCCAACCCGAAUAGGCGAAAUUCCGCCAAUGACAACGCCAACGACGUCCAUCUUCGACACGAGCGUUGCGCCACGGGCUUCCGAUGACAUUUUUCAAAUAUAAUCGACGACGAUGUCACUGGACUCGCGCGGUUUAUUAAUAACCUUUUUAUUGUAUUUGCAAAUACCAAUCAACAGCGGCAUCUACAUCAUGUCACAAUGUCAACAGGAAGACAUGUGUACGUUGAGAAAUAUCGGAACACACUUGCGAAAAGAUACGACACGCUCUAAUAUAAGUAGGUGCAAAUGCAAGAGUAAGUUAUACCAUUACCGUGUCCACGUUAAAAAGUUGGUGUUUUUUAUAUGUUUUAUAUGAUAUAUAUGACGUAGAAUCUAAUUGCGUCCACAAUUUUCUUCUUAAGCAACGAUUACAUAACAUCGAGUUUUGCAGCCUCAGUUGUUAAAAUAUUUACAAUUCUUUAAGGAAUAUCUGUGUAUAUGUUUUCUGUACUAUGUAUUCUUUUUUUUAAUUAAACUGCCACACUUUGAAAUUUUUUAACUCAGCGAUCGAAAUAAUAACAUUAAGUUGACAAUUGGGUCUGUGCCAAUUUAAUGUAGAUAUGAACGGAAUUUUUUAUUUCGCCUUUUUCUUUCAUGCGUCACAUUAUCAGAAAUCGACUUUGCAGUUGACUUUAUAACGUGGACAAAGUAGAAGUGAAGUAGAAUGAAAACGGCACCUUCUAAUUGAACAUACUCGGCACAAGUGUACUUAAACGAGUUAAAAGGUGGCAAUGUACUAAAGCAUAUUUUUAUUCGGUAUCUACGCAGACAAACAAAUAAUUACGAAUGUGCAACAAGACAUUCGAAAAAGAACGAAGGCUAAUAAGGAAAUUAAACCAAACAAUGGAAUAAAGCGACAAUUCUCUUUGAAUGUCUCGGUAAGAAUAUGAGCGAAGACAUAUUUGUAGGUACAUAUAUUCAAUUGGAAGUGCUGAUAACUACGUCUGAGAGUAGCGCGAAAGAUGCAUUUACGCUUAGGCACUUGAUAUGCUAUCAAAAAUCGACACCGACAAGAUAUUCCGAAUUAAGCAAAGAGUGCGGAAAAGAGUUUAGCGUUUCAAUGCUUUGCAACAUUGAUGAAUCGGACUUACGUUAGUUCGAAUACCAGAUAUAAGUUUCAUGAAAUAGGAAUUUUUUCAUGAUGACAGGAAAAUCGUAAGUUUACGAUUAACUAAAUUCCUUCGGUAUCAGGAAUUGUUUAAUUGUACAAAUUUAAAGUUUUAUCAAGUUCUGGAAAAAUUGUUUUUAGAGAUCAACUAUCUAUAUAUCAGAAAGGAAAUAAUAUAUCAACUAACAACCGAUGAAAGCUUUUCAGUCGAUUGUAUAUAUUUUGGUCCAUAAUUUUAUAUAAUUUGUAUAUCAAAAUGUGUCUCUAUAUAUCAGAGACUGAUUUAUAUUUGAUGAAGGCAUUGAUUCGUCUAGAAAAACAACAUCAUUAAAAAGAGACGAAUCCUCUAAAACUUCGUGUAACUCCUUCACGAUAUGAAAAUAUUAGUACUCGAUUCGAAGUACAAAUGAACGUUUAUUCAAGUAUACUAAGAUCAAUUAUCAUUACGCGAAAGAUUCGAUUGAAUCAGAGAUAAUUUCAAUGUCACAUAUCUGUUCAAUGAUUACAUGUAAUCGUCGUAUAAUCAUUUGUAUAAGUCAAAUCGCACUUGUACAAGCUCGCGAAAUUGUUCGUCGAACUGCAUAUCAAUGAUUCUGAUUGAACAAAGUCGAUUUAUAUCAUAAGUCGUUACCAAGUCAUCGUAUUAAUCUUUUACUUCUACUGAAAAAUUAUGAUUUGACAGAGAAGCUGUCAAGAUGAUAAUCUCGAUCUCAAAUCGAGACUAAACAUACUUUUAACCGUAAAAUAUAAACGAUAAAAAUCGUACGGUAAUUUCCUGUCUGGAAAACGAAUGUGAUUAUACGAACUAUAAGAGACACACUUCAUUGCUGCUAUUGUAAAAAGUUAAAUCGUUUUCCUAUGAAGGAAAUAACUUAUACAAUUUCCAGUGAAGUCAUUUUACUUUUCAAUAUAAACUUUUUUUCCGUUAACUCAUUUUUAAAUAUGACCAAAAAGAAUGACUUAUUCAUCAAAUGUGAAUAAACACGCGCACGACGCGGUAUCAGAUAUACACAGACUUUGUUUGUAUCUCUUUAGACAAUUAACAGGAAGAUGAAUAUAUGCUAGAUACAUAUAUCAUAGUGCAUUUGUUGAAAUUAAUCCGCUACUGAUUACUCUUCUUUGCUAUAUAGUAAUGUAUAUUACCAAUUAUUAUGUAAAAACGAAACUCAAAAUCCGAUUAUGUAUAUAAAUUUCACUUUCCCUAAUCAUUGUUGAAAUUGUUACUAUCUGAAUUGUUUAACUAAUGUAUUUGCAUAAUAUGUCUUGCGUUCUCAAAUUCAAAUAGUAAGAGAAUUUUACUGUCAAGAUAUCUCGUCGUAUGCAAAAAAUGGGAAAAAAUGACUCCACAAAGUUGUAAGAGUUUCUCUAUUACGUAAACGUUAAUUUCCACAAUCGCGCAGUUGCAAACAUUAAUCAUCGUGUUUUGGAACUGCGUCAUAAGCCUCCAAAGUAUAACCCGUGGCCGCAAGCUAGAUUCGCAAGUGUAAAAUAUAGUAACACAAGUCGUUAAGAACAAUUAUUACACGAUGAGACCAUACAUUCGUAAUUAAAAAUGGACAGAAUGAAAUGUCACAGAGAAUGAGAAAGGUAUUUCUGUCGGAAAUAUAUCGUAUUAUUAUAACAAAACGACGUAUAUCGACAUUCUCGUGUUCGGAUAAUUUACGCUGCCUUCCCCGAGUAAAUAAUUAGAAAAAAGAAAAAAAAAGAAAAGGACGACGAGCGUUAAACUCCAAGAUGUUCUUACACUUACGAAAGCUGCAAUAGCGUGAACGCGCUACAUAGUCAUAUGUACUUACAUGCAGAUCCAUGUACACUUGACACAGAUGUAAAAUAUUCAUAUAUACGUGUUCGGCAACGAUCGCACCUGGUUAUUAAACUCGGUCGUAGUCGCGCGAUCGGUCUAUUAUUAUUAAAGAGAUAAAAACAAGAGAUAUAAAAGUUAUAUCACACACAUAUAUAAGAACAUAAUGAAAAAAAAAAACACAUACGCACACACACACAUACACAUACAUACAAACACACAAUUCAUCUCUACAAAAUAUUCAACUCGACUUGCCGCCUGAUUUAUAAAAAGUCGAUGUACAACGUUAUCGUUUUAUCCCAAUUUUAAAUGUUUACUGUACCAUACGAUUGUAAUAUAGUCGUUGGGCCAAAUAAAGCUCGUUUUUCGAUAUAAGCGUA